GUGAUCCACGCUGAUGAGUGUGCGAGGUUUAAAAUACACGCCGAACCGCGCUGUACGCUAUAAUUGUCCUUCUUAUGUCAGUAUUUGCUUGUCUGACUGCGAAAUCGUUUAACGUUAUGGGGAAGAUAAUCUUACUUUCGCCGUUCAGUUUUUGUCCAUCACAAAAUGAUUGUGUUUGAUUGCGAGCAUUUUCCAUGGGGUUUGAACUUGACUUCAGGAACUGUUUAAAGAUUUUUUGGUUAUGUGUUUAUUUAAAAUGACCCACUUAUAUAGUAUAGUUAAACAAAAAUUGAAGUACUACAGGCCCCUGUUUUUUUACCUUUGUUUUUUCCUUACCCGUAGGUGGCAACAAUGAACAUUAAAGUUGUAAAACGCGCCAACGUAAAAGGGCAUUGAACAUUACAGUUGAUUGCACGUCGCACCGCUUAACUUUUCAUUAUUUGCAAACACGCUAAUAAAAAGGUGGACUUUUAGAAACCGAAAAAAUGUCAAACUGUGGCGCUUUCCAGGUGCAGUUAGUCUCUAUUAUGGACAUGUUUGUCCAAGAGGCCGUACUGGCGAUGGGUAAGCUGUUUGAUGAGGGUUCUUCGGUCAUUUUGCGUGUGGAGUUAACACGGGGUCUGGAUGCUGACGGUGAAGUUUUAAGGAAGAAAUUACAGACUGAUAGCAAACUACGGACGAUCCGAUUCGCGUCCAUCCUGGAGACUUUGCGUAAUGCUGCCCUGGAGCAAAUAAUACAACUGGUGGAUGAGACGAUGGUGCUGGCGCGUCGCGUGGAGAGGAGGGCGACCCUGCAGGCGCGCGAGGAGGGCGCGCGGGCGGCGGAGGGGAGUCGCUCGCGCAUCUGUGCCGUUUCGCCGGGCGAGAGAAUGUCCUUAGAAGAAGAAGACGACUCGAAAUCUGCUCAGAGGAAUGAGUCCCCAGACAUAAAGGAGGAUCUUUCUGAGGUGCUCUUGACUGGAGAAGCGGGACUCAUUUUCAAGGGCGUCUCUGCUUCCCCGGAAGGCGCAGCAAUCGAAUCUGCUGGCAACGAUGGAAACCGGACGUUUGACGAACAUCGAGACUCCGGAGGUGCCGAUGCUGACGGGAACGUCCCGUUUCCGGAAUCUGGGCUUAGCCCUGAACAGCAGCACCCAACAGGUGUACACCUGGAAGAUGAUUUUGACGUCGAGGAAAAUGACUGCCACCAAAGCAGCGAGUGUUUCGAGGCUCUUGGGAAGACGGGAACAGGAGAGAAACCGUUCCGUUGUAACAGCUGUGAGAAGUGUUUCUUUAAGCUUAGCCACCUGAAAUCGCACCGGCGAAUUCACACGGGAGAAAAACCGUUUUGCUGUCCUCACUGUGGGAAGAACUUCACACAGAAACACAGUCUCACUGAGCAUCAGAGGAUCCACACGGGCGAGAAACCGUACGGCUGUGACCUGUGCGGUAAGAGUUUCAGUAAGGCUGCCCACCUCAAAACUCACCAGAUAAUCCACACAGGAGAGAAACCCUUCAGCUGCUCUAUAUGUGGAAAGAGCUUUACUCUGGCUCAAAACCUAAACAGGCAUCAGCGAAUCCAUACUGGAGAGAAGGCGUUCAGCUGCAUUGUGUGUCAGAGGAGUUUCACACGAGCCGUUACUCUGAAAAUACACAUGCUGAUUCACACGGGACAGAAACCCUUCAGUUGCGUUACCUGCGGGAAGAGUUUCCGCCAAGCGGUCAACCUGAAAAUCCAUCAGCGGAUCCACACAGGACAGAAGCCCUUCAGCUGCUCCAUGUGUGGGAAGAACUUCCGCCAGGCUGUGAACCUUAAGAUCCAUCAGCGCGUUCACACGGGAGAGAAACCGUUCAGCUGCGAAGAUUGCGGAAAGAGUUUCACUCAGCAAAGCAACCUCAGUUUGCACCGGCGAAUUCACACGGGGGAGAAACCAUACAGUUGUGUUAUCUGCAGCAAAAAGUUCAGCAAUGCUUAUAGUCUGAAAUUGCAUCAGCGUAUCCACACGGGGGAGAGACCGUACAGUUGUGACAAGUGCAACAAGACUUUUAGCCAAGGUAGCCAUCUCCGGACACACAAAAGAAUUCAUACGGGCGAGAAAUUGUACAUGUGUGAUAAAUGUGGGAAGAGCUAUUCCGAUCUGAGAAACCUUAGGCUGCACAAGUGUGUUUACUAGUGAAUUUCCAUACAGCAUAUGGAAAUUUUCGCUGUCAUUUUGCAGGCCCAAUUUUUAUUUUGAGAGCAGUUGAAAUCUUUUUAUUUUUUUUUUCCAUUUUUAGAUGAUAUGUUUAAGCCAGAUUUUGGUUGUGCAUUAUUUUUUAGAUUUCAGUGCAUUUUAUAUGCUAACAGACUAUUGAUUAGUAGGAGGAUUCUUUCAUAGCACAUUCCUAAUUUUGGUUUUCGCUUCAUCCAUUUACAGAGCUGGAAACUGCUGUAAUUUCCUUGCUUGGGUACAUUAUGAGACCUGUUCGUGACUCAGCCUACUAGCUACUGCCUGGGUUAUUAACCUUUCAUAUGGUGUCUUUGAGGUAUCUGAUUAUUUUGCACCCCUCUGGUGACUUUCAAAGUCUUUACUUGGCCUACAAGUAAAAUUCAAUAUGUAGGUGGAUUUUUUUUUUGCUUUUUACAGCAAAAUAUUCUGCUCUUCGUAGAUGCUGGUCAUGACGACGCCACGAAGUGGAAACUGGCUGACUGUGUUGUUUUUGUAUGUGUGCUGAACGUGCAGCGAGACAGGAAAUGGGUAGGAACAGGGCCCAGGUCCAGGUGGCUGGUCCUCCACAUUCAACAGCCUCCCAGCAGUCAAUGGCCAAGCAAGAGCCUAUUUCAUACGUUUACCUAAUUAGCUGCUGCAGGGAUUACCGCUGCUAUCGCUAAGUGGCUAAAUCAUUGCCGCAGUUCUGCUUAAGGAAGCAAGGCCGUGAAUAACCUGACUGGGAGAUCUUAGCUUUUAAGUUAAGAUCUUUGUCAUGCUGCACAGUUAACAUGCUUAUGAGCCUCAUUGUGCUGGGAUGUAUGUGUUCUUGGGUUAUAAUGACCUCUUUCCGGUUGACAGCAAGAUUCAGCAACGUUUUUGCAUCACUUCGACCAGUGGGAGUUCAGAAUAGUGCAGAUUUUAUUUUUUUUUUGUAUAUAUGAACCCCUAUGGGAUGUGUUUUUAACUUGGCUUAAAGACAACAUGAAUUACUUAAAUUGUCUUCGUAUGUCUGAAAUGUUCAGAGAAGUUCACUUUGCAAGUCCCUUGCAUAAAAUAAAAUGUACCAUCCAAGUUGGCUGGUCAUUCAAGAA